AUGAAGAACUUGGCAAGCAUUGUCGUGGGAUUUAUAAGCUUCAACAUCAUUGCAGCUGCUCCUACAAUGAGUUCCAUAACUUAUGACUCUGAAACAUAUGACAUUGCUCUAGAAGACCUGGAUAACCUAUAUGACUAUGAUGAAAAUCUUUCAGUUGAUCAGGCACAGGUAGAGAUUGGAACAGUGUUACCAUCCAUAACUCGAGAAAUUUAUGUACCUUCACCACUGCCAGAAGAACCUGAAGAAGAAGCAUCUACACCCAAACUUAUUGAUGGCUCUUCACCUCAUGAACCAGGAGUUCUUGGUCCACAUACACAUGAAGGCCUUCCAACUUGUCUGCUGUGCACUUGUCUGGGUACCUCUGUGUACUGUGAUGACCGUGAACUUGAGGCACUCCCACCCUUGCCCAGGCAAACCACCCAUUUCUACUCCCGCUACAAUAGAAUCAAAAAGAUCAACAGGGAUGACUUUACUAACCUAAGCAAUUUAAGGAGGAUUGACUUGACUUCUAAUUUAAUAUCUCAAAUUGAUGAAGAUGCCUUCAGGAAUCUGCCUCAACUUCAGGAGGUGAUACUCCGGGAUAACCAGAUAAGGCAGCUGCCAGAAUUACCCCCAACAUUGACAUUCAUCGAUAUUAGUAACAACAGGCUUGGUCGCAAAGGGAUAAAACAGGAAGCUUUCAAAGAUAUGAUUGACUUGCACCAUCUGUACAUCACGGAUAACAACCUGGAUCAUAUCCCACUUCCACUCCCUGAAAGUCUCCAAUCCCUUCAUCUCCAGAACAACAACAUACAAGAAAUGCAUGAAGAUACUUUCUGCAAAAUGAAAGAUUAUUCUUACAUCCGUAAAACUCUUGAAGACAUCAGGUUAGAUGGCAACCCCAUUAAUCUGAGCAAAACCCCUUAUGCCUAUAUGUGCCUACCACGUUUGCCUGUUGGAAGCCUUUUUUAA